AUGAGCACGGUGCUGCUCCGGACUCGCCCGGACGCGACGGCGCUGAGGAGAGUGAGCCUUGUUACACGGAGUGUACAGUCUCUCAAAUUUCGUCCCUCGUUAGGAAUCACUCCAUCUCGAGCCCUUCAUACACCUCCUCGGCGGCCGGUGCCACGAUGCCUCACCGCGGACGCGCUGCACAAUGCCUCGCGAUCCAUCCGGCACGAAUCGACCUCGACAUCGGAAUCAACAGAUUCCAUGGUCAAAGCUGCUCAGAAAUCUCGUGCGUUCCGAUUCAUGAUGAAGACGUUCACCUACUGUGGGUUCUUUCUCGUCAUGAGCGGUGCGGCCGUGGUCGCGUUCUUCAUCUACGAUGCGAGCACGUACCGCGAGGAUAUAAGCUCGGAGGAUAUCCCCGUGUCAGAACUGGCGCUUAAUCCCCGCCGUGGGGGUCCGAAGAACCUGCCCAUUGCAGAGUUCCUGAUCGGGGACCAUGAUUCGGUGGAUACGACGCAGCAGAAGGAUAAGCCGCGGUUAGUGAUCUUGGGUACGGGCUGGGGUAGCGUUGCGCUGUUGAAGAAUCUGAACCCGGGCGACUACCACGUUACCGUCGUGUCCCCGACGAACUAUUUCCUGUUUACGCCGAUGCUGCCCUCCGCAACGGUCGGGACGCUGGGACUGAGGUCGCUUGUCGAGCCGGUGCGGCGGAUCAUCCAGCGGGUACAUGGUCACUUCCUGAAAGCUGAGGCGGAGGAUGUGGACUUCUCGGAGAAGCUGGUUGAAAUCUCGCAGACAGAUGCCAAUGGCAAGAAACAGAGCUUUUAUCUUCCGUACGACAAGCUGGUGAUCGGUGUUGGUUGUGUCACAAAUCCCCAUGGGGUCAAGGGUCUCGAGAACUGCAACUUCCUGAAGACCAUUGACGAUGCCCGCAAGAUCAAGAACAAGGUCCUGGAGAACAUGGAGCUGGCGUGUCUGCCGACCACUAGUGACGAAGAACGCCGUCGUUUGUUGUCGUUUGUGGUUUGUGGUGGUGGUCCGACAGGCGUUGAGUUUGCGGCCGAACUGUUCGACCUUCUCAACGAGGAUCUGCUUCACGCGUUCCCGAAGAUUCUGCGGAACGAGAUCUCGGUCCACAUCAUCCAGAGCCGUAGCCAUAUUCUGAACACAUACGACGAAGCGUUGUCGAAAUAUGCCGAAGCCCGGUUCAGCCGUGAUCAUGUGGAAGUUUUGACGAAUGCUCGAGUCAAGGAAGUUCAUGAUGAUCGCGUCCUGUUCACGCAGGUUGAGAAUGGGCAGCCCGUUGUGAAGGAGAUCCCCAUGGGAUUCUGCUUGUGGUCGACUGGUGUCGCCCGCGCCGAACUGUGCAAGAGACUUUCGGACAAGCUCGACGCUCAGAACAACAAGCAUGCUCUGGAGACAGAUAGCCAUUUGCGACUGAUCGGAGCUCCACUGGGUGAUGUAUAUGCCGUCGGGGACUGCUCAACUGUCCAGAACAAGGUAGCAGAGAACAUCGUAUCCUUCCUGCGCACAAUCGCCUGGGAGAAGGGCAAAGAUCCCGAGAAGCUGCACCUAACCUUCCGGGAGUGGAGGGACGUUGCCGCACGAGUCAAGAGGCGCUUCCCCCAGGCUUCUAACCACCUGCGCCGGCUAGAUCGACUCUUCGAACAGUACGACAAGGACCACUCCGGCACCCUUGACUUCGGCGAGCUACACGAACUGCUCCACCAGAUCGACACCAAACUCACCUCGCUGCCUGCGACCGCCCAGCGCGCCAACCAGCAAGGCGAGUACCUGGGCCGCAAGCUGAGCAAGAUCGCCGCCGCGCUGCCCGGCAUGCGCGCCAACGAGAUCGAACACGGCGACCUCGACGACGCCGUCUACAAGCCCUUCAAGUACAAGCACCUCGGCAGCCUGGCGUACAUCAGCAACGCCGCCGUCUUCGACUUCGGUGGCCUCAACUUCAGCGGUGGCGUUCUGGCCAUGUACCUCUGGCGCAGCGUCUACUUCGCGGAGAGCGUCAGCUUCCGCACAAGAUGUAUGCUGGCGAUGGACUGGGCCAAGAGAGCGCUCUUUGGAAGAGGUUUGUUUGCAAUCUUUCCCCUGGCUACCCUUUUGAAACCGUAUCUGACUUCUUGUGGCAAUAGAUUUGAUGAGCUUCUGAUUUGCUUAAGCGAGAUAGAGAGUUUCAACGGCUUCAAUUUUCACUUCAAUAUAGGAUGA